AAAAAAAAAAAAAACCAGGCGGCCCGGUGAACUCUCAACUCUCACCGGCUCGGCCCAAAGGAUAUUCUAUCACUCUUGGUCUGCUUGAUCGCGAAACGGUAUAAAGGACGGUGGUGAACGUUGAGUUUGGCCUCGGUUAGAUUGUUGUGCGGCAAAAGGAAGAAGAUUCCUUCUUAGUUAUAAAUCCCGAUUCCCCCUCCACGAUCUCCGAUAAGAUAAAAAAAAACGAUACGAGACGGACUUUUCUUCUUCUCUCCUCCCCCCGUGAGAUAACAGAAGGAAUGUCGGACUUGCAGCUCCCCUCGGAGCCAGGCAAGGAUCUCGGCGAGAAUGUCCAAGAGAACCCCGUGAGAGAUGUGAGCAGCGAUGUCGAGACCGGCGAGGUGGCUAGUCAGGCUGAGAUUGAGCGUAUCUAUGGGAAAAUCGACCGUCGUAUCAUCCCGGCUUUCUGGGUGCUGUACUUCCUCUGCUCGGCCGUGCGGUCGAACGUGUCGCUGGCGCAGACGAUGAACACGAGCUCCGGCCACGAUCUGGCCUCUGUGCUGCAUCUGAGCGAGCACCAGAUCUCCACGGGUCUCGCGCUCUUCUACGUCUGCUAUGUCGUCUUCGAGGUGCCCUCCAACCUGGUCAUGACAAAGAUCAGCCCGCACGUGUGGAUGAGCCGCAUCGUCAUCAGUGUGGGCAUCAUUGGCAGCUGCAUGGCUGCCAUGAAAGCCGCCUGGAGUUUAUACCUCCUUCGUCUUCUUCUCGGAGUCGUCAUUGCAGGCAUGUGGCCCGGGAUGACCUACUACCUGACCCUAUUCUACCCGCCGUCGCGCAUCGGCAAACGCAUCGGACAGUACUUCACCGCCGCGCAGGUCUCUGCCGCCGUCGUGGGCCUGGUGUCCGCGGGUUUCCAGAAGAUGGACACCGACGGUGGCCUUGUCGGCUUCCAGUGGAUGUUCCUACUUUACGGCCUGAUCACUCUCAUCGUCGGCUUCGCCCUGCUGUGGUGGCUGCCGGACCGGCCUAGGGCACCGCACGAGCAGCAGCAGAAGUCUUCUUCUUCUUCUUCUUCUUCUUCUUCUUCUCACAGAUUUCUUUCCUGGCUGCCUCACAGCGCUCCCGUGCUUACAGGACGCGACGCCGAGGUCCACUACCAGGACCUGAAACGCGUGUAUCACUAUCCGCAGUGGUCGUACUAUGAUCUCCUGCGCGUCUUCCUCGACUGGCGCCUCUGGCCCCUGCUAGUCAUGUAUUUCGGAGUCGUGGGCGUGGGCAUCGGCGUGGAAAGCUACGGCAACGUCAUCAUCGAAGCCGCCGAUCCCUCUCUAAGCGGCAUCGACGUCAGCUUACUAUUCGCACCUAUCUGGAUUAUGGACCUCAUUGCCAUCCUCCUGGUAACCCCCCUCUCGGAUCGCUUCCACAACCACCGGGCCCUCUUCUUCUCCAUCCCAGUGUGCAUCCAGAUCCUCGGCCUCCUGCUAACCACCUACGCCGGCACGGACUCCAACCCCUGGCCCCGCUACGGCGGCCUGCUCAUCGUCGGCUUCGGUCUGGGCCCUACCGUCCCCAUCGUGAUGACCUGGACCGCGGAGAUCUUUCAACCCCGCCACGGCGAGGUCGGCGUCGCGGUUGCCUCCGCGGUGGUCUCUGGCUGGGGAAAUCUGGGUAGUAUAGUGACUACCUAUGCGCUGUAUGCCGGGUGGAAGAGCGAUGCCGACGCAAAGGGUCGCGCGCAGUACCGUAACUCUAACAUCGUCAUGAUCGCUAUCCUUGUCGCGAGUAUUGUUGCCGCCAUCAUCAUGCAGGUCGCAAUGUACUACACUGAGAAGAAGGGCUCCUCUUCCACAAACAACAACGACGACGAUCACAAUGAUGCUGCUCCCUCGGGCCUUGUCGAUGGCGCCGCGAGACGUGAACAGACCCAGCGUGGUCUGGACGGACUGGGCUCCAGUCUGACCAAGUUCUUCAGAAAGUAGAUCCCUGGAUUGGAUUGGAGUGGAUUGGAUUGGAUACAAAAUAGUAAUGCCUAAUCAGAAUAGAAAAGGGGUUGUUUUAAUAGAUUAUUUUUCAAGUAGAUCCUUAUUCAAGUUGAGAUAAUAAUGAUACAACAAAAAACUGCUGU